CCAGAGAAUCCAGCCAGCAAGCAUCCACGUCUUUCAUAUUUAAAUUGUGACCAGUUACAAAAGAAUAAGAAAAUGUAUAGACGAAGAAAAAGUGGAAGGCGUUUAAGAAGCAGCUAUAACCCAUAUUAUAGAAGAUAUACACCUGAUCUAGAUGAUCACGUUUUUAAAGAUGAUGAUCUGGUUGAUUUGAGGAGGGAAAAAGCUGGACCUAUGCAGAGUAAACCUCGAUAUGGACAUAGAUGUAAAGUUUGUAAUAUUGUUUGUACAUCUGCUUACCAACUAGAUGAACAUUUAUUAGGAAUGAAACAUAAGGCAAAUUUGAAAGAAAAUAUCACUUCAGCAGAAACACAAAGUAGUCCAGUAAAUUUAGAGAAACAGGACAGUCCAGAGCACAGUGAAGAAUGCAAGUCACAAGAAAGUAGUGAGAAUAAGGACAGUACAUUAUUAGUGUUACAGGACAAUAAAGAUCUUUAUCAAUUUCUGGAAUGUUUUGAAGUGGCAAGUGACUCUGAUGUCUCAUUCAUCUCAAAAGUCGCAAAAACAUUUCGGUGUGCACUUCAGAGGUUUGGGAAAGAUACCUUGAAAAAGGAGGUGUGUCAAGAAGAAGUACCUAGUAGGAAAGGAAGCUUUUUUGGAGAUUUGCCAAUUACUGCUGAAGCCUUAAGUAAACCCUUAAAUUCUGAAGCUAACACUUCUCAAAACACACAAAUGGAGACUGAAGUUAUAUCUCUGGAAGAUUUAGUUACAACUUGCAGUGAUGACGAGGAUACAUAAUAUAAAUUUCUUCAUAAAUCACCUUAUACAUUAUAUUUCUUACAGUAUUCAGUGUCCAAAUUUGUUUAUACCUUUUGAUUUGUAGUGUGCACUGUGUAUAUAUUCAAAUAUUGAAAAUAUUAAAGUUGUAUUUAGAUUUUGUUUCUUGAAAUAUAACUGCUUUAGAACAAA